AUGGAACUGUGGCAAGUGCCUAGAACGAUGGGCAAUUUGAUGCGAGACACGUUACGUGAUUUCGAUCGUUUCGAAAGGGGAAUGUUCCCAUAUUGGAGGGAUGCCGAUCACUCAGUUCUGCAUGUGGCAAACGAGACCCAGCAAGUGGUUAACGAUGAUAAGAAAUUCGCCGUAUCUCUGGACGUGUCGCAGUUUCGUCCUGAAGAGCUGAACGUGCACCUAGAGGGACGAGAGCUCACCAUUGAAGGCAAACAGGAACACAAGAGCGAACAUAGUUUCAUGAACAGGUCUUUCGUUCGCAAAUGGCUCCUUCCUGAGAAUGUUGACCUUGAUGCGCUUCGAACUCAACUUGAUGACAAGGGUCAUCUGCGCGUCGAAGCACCAAAAGUUGGAGGUGGUGGAUCGAAGAGGAAGAAUAUUCCAAUCAUGGCUGCACCAUCGAAAAACCAUAAAUAA